CACUAAGGCAGAGUAGUGGGGGAGGAUCACAUCCGUCGAGCCUCUCCUCACCCUGCCCCAGCCUGCCCACAGAGUCACAGAUAAGGCAUAAGGCCCCGCCACACACAGACUAAGCGGGCUGGGCGGUUCCUGCCCGUCGCACCGGGACCCGGUGAGGUGAAGCUCUCGCGGGAUGCGAGUCCGGGCCGCGCUGCGUGACCUGUCCUCCCUGCUCGGCCCGUCCUGCCUGCUGGGCCCACCCCCGCGGCCGGGCCGGGCCGGGCAGUGCCGGGCGGGGCGCGGCCUCACGGCGGAACCGUUGCCGGGGGGCGCUGCAGGCGGCGGCGCUCGGGCCCUCCCGCGGCUCCCGGCCCUUGCUCGGCGCCCGGCUACGGAUCGGGGCGGCGGAGGAGAAGGAGGAGAGGAGCAGGCGGGAGCGGGAUGCAGUGAAGAAGCGCUGCGAGGAGCCAUGUCUGCGCCCGCCGGGCGGCCGCUGCGGCCCGCCGCCGCUGCGUUUUCACCGGGCGGGCCCGGAGGCUCCCUGGAGGCCGCGGCCCCUGCGAGCGGCGUGCCGCGCUGCCAGAACGGUCCUAUGCAGAGUCAGAUGCAGUUCCCCUCUGGCUAUGGCUCACAUCUUCCAAACUACAGUGCACCUUUAGGACACUAUUCCCAAGUGCCCAAUAAAGCUGCUGCUUCACAUCUGGAUAAUCAGUAUAGAGCCAGUUACUACCCUGGUUACUAUUCAGCACCAGCACAAAAUGUUAUGAUGUCUGUGGGUAGCAACAUGUUGAAUGCACAGGAAUCACAGCAAUUGUACAACAACACUCCUCCUCAUUCAGGGGGGUCCAGUGACAGACCUGUUCAAGGAGCAGUAUCGUUUGCAUCCUACUUGCAUGUGAGUGCUCAGCAGUCAUAUUCAGCAUUUGAUAAUCACUUCAGCACUUCUGUCAGCUCUUCAGUUGCAUCUCAGGGAUUUCCCCUUAAUUCUGAUCACUACGCCAUGCCCGUGGUUUCUGGUGCCAUGUAUCCUAAUGUUUCCUAUCCUCCCGUGGCUGCUGGUGGUGUGUAUGGGCAGACAUUUACCUCUCAGAGUCUACCUGCUGUUGGACAGUUCAAAGAGACAAAUCCGUUUUCUAGCCAGAGUACAUCAGUACUUCAUUCCCUUCAACAGCAUGUUCCCGUGGGAUAUAAUACGUUAUCAGCUGUUUCAUCUGCUCAGUCUGUGCAAGACAACCUCGGCAGGAAUCUCACUGGAUCGGUUGCUAAAGUAAACAACCAAAUAAAUACAGGCAUGCAGUAUGGUGAAUAUCUUAAUAAUCAAGCUAGCUCUGCACCAGCUCCCUUGUCAUCAAGUUCAGAUGAUGAGGAAGAGGAUGAGGAGGAUGAGGAAGCAGCACUUGAUAGUUCCUCUACUACAAGCAGUGCCUCUCCUGUUCUGAACAAUUAUGAUGCCCUGGAAGGAGGUGGCUAUCCAGAGACACAUUCUGUGACCAGCAGCCCAGUUCCUUCUCCAUCAGUCCUCCAAACAUCAAAAGCUUCUAAGCCCUUUGGUUAUGGAUAUCCAGCACUGCAGCCAGGCUACCAAAAUGCAACACCACCUACUCCUGUGCAGCCCAGUAAUCCAGGACAUCAUCCUGGUUUUCAUCACUAUCCACAGCAAUAUCCAGGUGUGAACCAGCUGUCCUCUUCCUUAGGAGGAUUGAGUCUACAGCAUUCUCAGCAGCCAGAAAGCUUGAGACCAGUAAACCUUACUCAUGAUAGAAAUAUUUUACCAGUGUCUUCAGUUCCAGCACCUGUGCCUAACUUGAAUUCUGAUCUUAGGAAAUUAAACUGCAGUCCAGACUCAUUUCGAUGUACAUUGACAAAUAUUCCACAGACACAGGCUUUGUUAAACAAAGCUAAGCUUCCUUUGGGUUUGUUGCUGCAUCCCUUCAGGGACCUAACGCAAUUACCAGUAAUAACAUCAAGCACAAUAGUGAGAUGCAGAUCCUGCAGGACUUACAUCAACCCUUUUGUUUCUUUCAUUGAUCAAAGGCGGUGGAAAUGCAACCUGUGCUACAGAGUUAAUGAUGUUCCUGAAGAAUUUAUGUAUAAUCCUCUGACACGGUCUUAUGGAGAGCCUCACAAACGGCCAGAGGUGCAAAAUUCUACCGUGGAAUUCAUUGCUUCUUCAGACUAUAUGCUUCGUCCUCCUCAGCCCGCGGUGUAUUUAUUUGUUUUAGAUGUGUCUCAUAAUGCAGUGGAGGCUGGAUAUUUGACAAUACUCUGCCAGUCAUUGCUGGAAAACCUAGACAAGCUGCCUGGAGAUUCAAGAACAAGAAUAGGGUUCAUAACGUUUGACAGCACUGUUCAGUUUUACAACUUGCAAGAAGGUUUAUCACAGCCUCAGAUGCUGAUUGUCUCAGAUAUUGAUGAUAUUUUCCUACCUACACCAGAUAGUUUACUUGUAAAUCUCCAUGAAAGCAAAGAGCUGAUAAAAGAUCUAUUGAAUGCAUUACCAAAUAUGUUCACCAAUACAAGGGAGACACACAGUGCACUGGGCCCUGCUCUUCAGGCUGCAUUUAAACUUAUGUCUCCAACGGGUGGUCGGAUCUCUGUGUUUCAAACUCAGUUACCGUCUUUGGGAGCAGGGCUUUUGCAUUCCAGAGAGGAUCCCAAUCAAAGGUCAAGCACAAAGGUGGUCCAACAUCUUGGUCCAGCAACAGACUUUUAUAAGAAGUUGGCACUGGACUGCUCCAGCCAGCAGACUGCUGUGGAUUUAUUUCUCUUAAGUUCACAAUAUUCUGAUCUAGCUUCUCUUGCUUGUAUGUCCAAGUAUUCUGCUGGAUGCAUCUAUUACUAUCCAUCUUUCCAUCGUAGCCAUAAUCCUGCUCAGGCUAAAAAGUUGCAAAAAGACCUGAAACGAUACCUUACAAGAAAGAUUGGGUUUGAAGCAGUUAUGCGCAUAAGAUGUACAAAAGGUUUUUCAAUACGCACUUUCCAUGGGAAUUUUUUUGUACGAUCUACUGAUUUACUGUCCCUUGCCAAUGUCAAUCCUGAUGCUGGAUUUGCAGUACAAAUGUCCAUAGAGGAAAGUCUGACUGACACAUCUUUGGUUUGUUUUCAAACAGCUCUUUUGUAUACUUCCAGUAAAGGUGAGCGUCGAAUUCGAGUCCACACACUUUGCUUGCCGGUAGUGAGUUCCCUGUCUGAUGUGUAUGCAGGAGCAGAUGUACAAGCAGUCGUGUGCCUCUUAGCAAACAUGGCUGUGGAUCGCUCCGUUUCAUCCAGCCUUGCAGAUGCAAGAGAUGCCUUAGUCAAUGCCGUGGUGGACUCCUUGGCAGCAUACAUGUCAACUGCCUCAAAUCUGCAGCAGUCCAUACUGAUAGCACCAAAUUCCCUCAAGCUGUUCCCACUCUAUAUUUUGGCUCUUCUCAAACAGAAAGCCUUCAGAACAGGCACAAGUACACGCUUGGAUGAUCGUGUCUAUGCAAUGUGCCAGAUGAAGAGCCAGCCUCUUGUUCGUUUGAUGAAAAUGAUACAUCCCAACUUGUACAGAAUAGACAAGUUGACUGAUGAGAGUACAAUACAUGUAAAUGACAGAGUUGUUCCUCAGCCACCUCUUCAGAAGUUGUCUGCAGAGAAGUUGACAAGAGAAGGAGCUUUUCUUAUGGAUUGUGGUUCAAUUUUUUACCUUUGGAUUGGAAAAAACUGUGACAACAACUUCAUAAAAGAUGUCCUUGGAUACCCGAACUAUGCAUCAGUGCCACAGAAAAUGACACAGCUUCCUGAGGUGGAUGCACCAUCUUCAGAAAGAACACGAUCUUUUAUAUCUUGGCUUAGAGAUAGUAGACCUUUAAGUCCAGUUCUUCAAGUAAUAAAAGAUGAGAACCCUGCCAAAACAGAUUUUUUCCAGCAUUUAAUUGAGGAUCGGACAGAAGCAGCUUUCUCAUAUUAUGAAUUCCUACUUAAUAUUCAACAGCAGAUUUAUGUUAAGAGAACCCUACCAUAGAGGCAUCAUCAAAUACAGAUCUCCAAUUAAACCCUUAAUCAUGCUACCAUUAAAGGAAAAGUGUCAAUUUUACAAAGGUCAAGAGUGUUGGAAGGAAGUACUGUUUGAUUAGCAGGCAGUAUAAUACUUCUUUUAUUGAUGUGAGUAUAAAGUCUUCACUUGCAAGACACUGAGGCCUUGGGGGAUUAUUGAUUAAAGUGUUUAUUGGUAUAAGAAUCCUCAAGUAUGAGAAAGAGUUGGUGAUAAUUAGCCAUGUUGGUAAUCUGCUAGCCACAGGAUAUGUUAUUCUCAUAUUGUUUGAAAAUAUGUUUUAAAAAUUAAAAAAUUAAUGUUAGAUCAUCAUUUGGGUGGGGAAAGUAAUAUUUAGGAAAAUACUUUCUUCUGUUAAUAACUUCUGUAGAUACGUUUUCAAAAAGUUCUGCAGGCUUUAAGUCUCAGCUUCUAUGAAUACAAAAUACUACUAAAAAUUACCUGAUGACCUAAUGCUGAAGGGGAAAAAAAGGAAUAAAAUACAUAGCAGUCAUCUCUAGCUAAGGAAUUCUUUCUGCUCUUUUCUUUUUGGCAACAGAAUAUGAUGCCUUCAUUAUCUGAAGUAGAGCUUAGGAGAUGCCAGAAGUAAAACUGGGAUCACUGGUAUCUUUGCUGAUGUCCUCAUCCAGCUUACUGAGCAUGUGCAGAGCUUGUGAAAGAUUGGUGCUUUCCUAUCCAGAUGAUGAUGUUUAGGCAUUUCUUACAAUCUGGCUGUAUUUCACAAUGUCUUGUAUGUUCAUUCAAAAUAAAAAGCCAUUUGAGUUUGCAAGUUUUGCCUUUUCCCUCAUCUAAGCUAUUAUUUGUAAUUACCAAAACCAUGUACGUAAAAGUGUAAUUUAUUCUUGGAGAGCAACCAUGAAAUCUUUCAGCCUUCCAAACAUGUUUUGAAACUUUUUAAGUUCCUGGAGGAAGAGUGGAAACUGCCUGUGCAACGUGGACUCUGGCAUCUCCAGGAGUGCGGCUGGAUCGAUUCUGCAGGAGGAAGGCAGCCUUGGGAAAAGCAGUGCAUGAGGGGUCUGUCAGCUGCUCCAGCACUGUCAGGCUGCAACUGGAUCAUCAAGCAGUGCUGCCCAUCCACCUUCUCCAGCAUCCGGUCUCCUUUAAGAGUGACUGGUAUCCAACGGUCGUGGUGAUACAUGAGAAAUCCCUCAUGUGUAAAUUGUCCUACCCUGAGAUGCAUCUCUACCUUACGUAUUUAGAGAUCAGCUGGAUAUAUAAAACCCUGUCAGCAUUUUUGCUUAUCAGAGUAACUGAGUAUUGUUGACCUUAGACUGAGUAAUUUUUUCUAAUGGAUGGUUUUGCAAUAUA